AUGUGCUACCACAAGCUCUUCAUCUUCACGACAUGCGGGCACUCGUUCUUCGAGGCCGCGCCGCUGGUGCAAUGCAAAAGCGCGAGCAUCGGGCCACACGAGACGUUUUCGAGCGGGUGCCGGGUGCAGUCGCACCCGUUCCAGACGCGCCGCCUGGACGCGCUGUGCAGCGCUUGCGCAUCGCGGCGCGAGGAGCUGUUGGAUGGGGCGGCCGCGCUCACUGGCGAGGUCCGCUUCGCCGAGUGGCGCUGGCGCAUGAAGUACCAGAGCCCG